AUGGCUCCCAUGGGAUACUUCACCGAGCAGGACGAGUUGGAGAGCAACACGACAACGGAAGAGUCGAAGCUGCCCGAGAGCGGCAUCACCCCAGAGACCCCACUGGCCUUGGCGAAGACUCCAGUGGAGGAGGUGGCAGCGCUGAAGAAGCGAGGGCGGGCUGUGGGGGCCCGAGAGCCCCAGCCGUACAGCCUGCACACGCCGCGCUCCGACCUCUACGGGACGCCCCGGCUCGAACGGUACGGGACGCCCCGGCUCGACCCCUACGGGACGCCCAGGAGGUACUCCGGCCCGAGCCCGCGGAGCGGCAGCCCGAGCCCCCGGCCGGACCUGCUGAUGCUGAGGGACGCGCCGCGGCCGGUCGUCUGA